GUUUUUAGCCUCAAAUGUUUUGUCAAUUAAACCCCCCAAAAUGUAUGGAUUAACAAUAAAAAUAUGUUUAGGCAUGAGAGAUAUAACCAUGGAUCAUACUAUUGAAUAACUGUAGUUUCUAAUUUGAGUUAUGUAUGCCUGUUACAACUGACCUGUGAAACAAUUGUCCCCAGUCUCCCCUACUUAUUAUAGACAUUUCACAUAUUAAAAAAAAAAAAAACUUUAUUUUACUAGGCAAGUCAGUUAGGAACAAAUUCUUAUUUUCAAUGACAGCCUAGGAACAGUGGGUUAACUGCCUGUUCAGGGGCAGAACAACAGAUUUGUACCUUGUCAGCUCUGGGAUUUGAACUUGCAACCUUUCAGUUACUAGUCCAACGCUCUAACCACUAGGCUACCCUGCCACCCCAUUAUAUAGCAUAUAAUACAAAUUAAAAACAAGACAUUUAUGGUGAUGGAAAAUUAGCUACAUUUAGGACAUUACCUCUAACAUCUAAGCAUUUAUUUUCUUACAGUAUUUGAAGAAAUAUAUUUCAGGUGAUGGAAAAUUCAUCAACAGUAUCAUCCAUCAUACUGUCUGCAUACUUUGGAAUGGAGGAUCUUAAGUAUUUGUACUUCAGCAUUUUCCUUAUUUUGUACAUUGCAAUUAUUGCUGAAAAUGUCAUUAUAAUUGGAGUAAUCUACACUGAGAAAACAUUGCAUCAACCAAUGUAUUUCCUGGUGUGUAACUUGGCAGCAAAUGGUCUCUAUGGUAGCACUGCGUUGCUGCCAGCACUGUUGAAAAAUGUAGCUUCCCACCCUAGUGAGGUAUCUCUAGCCAGCUGUCGAACACAGAUCUAUUGUAUACAUACAUAUGCUAUUGUUGAAUUUACAAUUUUAGGAGUGAUGUCUUAUGAUAGGUAUGUUGCUAUAUGCCAUCCACUGCGGUAUCAUACCAUCAUGUCACUGACAAAAGUGUAUAAACUUGUAGCAUUCACCUGGAUUUACCCUUUGGUAGCAUUUCUCAUCUUUUUCAUUAUAACUCUUCAACUGAGAUUUUGUGAUAAAACUAUAGAUAAAUUGUACUGCAUCAAUUACUCACUUAUAAAGCUCUCCUGUACAAAUACGUCUGUUGUGAACAUAAUAGGAUUAAUGUCUGUGGUUUUGUAUAGUGUACCACAGUUAGUUAUGAUAAUUUACUCAUACGCACAUGUCCUGAGAGUCUGUGCAUUAUCUUCCAAAGAAUCCAAACUCAAAGCACUGCGAACUUGCACUCCACACCUGUUUGCUAUUAUCAACUACUUUGUGGGUUGCUACUUUGAAAUAUUGCAAAGCCGAUUUGACACAAGUCAUUUACCUUACAGAACUCAAGUGUUUAUGUCACUUUACUUUUUGAUAUUCCCUCCCAUUCUUAAUCCAGCAAUCUAUGGGUUAAGUAUUCAAGCCAUAAGAGUGAAGCUGUUGAGACUUUGUUAUAAUAAGAAUAGGAUUUUGUCAAUACAGUAGCCAAGGAUGUUGAUUUGAUUUCCAUUGUACAUGUUUCUCUAUUUAUCUAUAAUAUUUGUAUUGUGUUGAAGUAAUAGUAUAGAUUACACUGGUUGUACAUAUAACAUAGAUAUUAUAUAUCUAAC